AUGCAACGAAUUGGUUGGUUUGAUGCAUUUCGAGAAAAUGGUGAUCCAACUUGGUUUGGUGAAAAUAGAACACCUGUAUUAUUCGAUUUGCAAAUUUUUGCACUCUCAUCAAUAUUUAUUACAUCAUUUCUAGCAUUUCUAAUUAUUCUUCCCGGUGUACGACAUUAUCGAAUUGCAUCAACGAUUGCAUUCGUUCUUAGUGUUACUGUUGGUGCAAUUAUCAUAAUAAGUAUUCAUCAUCCAAGUUGGCAUCAAGGAAGCAUUCGAAUUUAUUCAGCUUAUCGAGCAUUUACAAGUGAUAAGUUGGAUGCUAUUCUUGGCGUACGUAUGGGUCUCAAACAUCUUAAUGUUACACUUACAAGUGUGCCAACAUCUGGAACAGAACAAUAUUCAUUGAAUGAUUUGAAAUACAAUGAACGUUUUGAAUUUUUAAAUGUAUUUUCGAUGGAAAUGGAAUUGGAGAAAAGUUUAAAAAAAGGUUUACCAUAUCCGAUAUUGAAAAUAAUCGAAUAUUUAAGCGUAGAUCGAGCAGGAUUUAUAUGGGGUAGGCAAUAUCGUCUCACCGGCCAUUAUACCAUAUGUUUGCUAUGGUAG